AUCACUAAGGUAGUACCAAAAGGCCACUCCAUAUGACUAUCAAGGUAGCAUUCUUAGGUCCCGAAGGAACCUAUACCCAUCAGGCCGUGAUACAACAAUUUGGUAAUGAUGUAACUAUCCUUCCUCAAAAGGCCAUCAGCGAUUGUUUCAAAUGCAUAGAUUCCAAACAAGUGGAUUAUGCUGUGGUACCAUUCGAGAACUCUACUAAUGGACAGGUUGUAUUUACAUAUGAUUUGUUGCGAGAUUGGUUUAUCAACACCACUGAACCGGAAUUCAAAGUUGUUGCCGAACAAUUUGUUAGCAUUCAUCAUAAUUUCCUUACUUAUGCUAAGGACAUAGGCCUGAUCAAGACCAUAUAUUCCCACCCUCAAGUAUGGACUCAAGUUAGUAAGUUCUUACUGGAAAAAGUUAAGGCGGAUGUGGUUAAGAUUGAUGUUGGAUCUACUUCCAAAGCAGCAGAAAUUGUCAAGAGUGAGGGAAGUGAUGGAACUUCAGCAGCCAUAAGCUCGAAAAUGAGUGCGGACUUGUAUGAGUUACCGAUAAUGUAUGAAAGCAUUGAGGAUAAUGUCAGUAAUACCACCAGAUUCUUGGUGUUGGGAUACAAUAAGCCUCUUCAGCACGGAACAAAUGAAGAAGAAGAAGAAGAAGAAGAAGAUAUAGUCACUUCAGUUAUGUUCACUUUGAACAAUUCAGAGAACCCAGGGGCAUUAUGUGACGUAUUAGUACGAUUCAAAUCCAAUGGAGUCAACUUGAUUUCAAUCAAUUCGCGUCCCUCUCACGUCAAACCCUGGCAGUACGUGUUCUUCGUAGAAAUGAUUGGUGAUCUACAGGAUGGAGUCAACACUAGUCUAGAGCAAAUCAAACCAAACUGUUUAGAAUUGGUGGUAUUAGGAAGUUUCAAGAGAAGUUGGAGAUAUUAUAAGUAGACAUUAUGUAUAUUAAUAUACAAAUAGGACUAGGUACCAAAUUUUUGAUAUGUCCAUUCUUGGUUAUCUAAAGGACAAGCAUUUCUAGUUUUUAGCCAUCUCUUAAUACAAUGUAAAUGGAACGCAUGGUUACACACACCCCAAGCAGCAAUACAUUCUUCACUGCCAUUGGCAAUGGUGUUUGGUUGACAUUCAAUACAAGGCUCCAUUAAGUGAUUUCUACAAAUUGCACAAUUUUCAAUUUGCAUGUCCCAUGACCAAAAUGCAACAGCGGUCCACUUCUUAACUUCAAACUUUUGCUUGGAUGAUGAUUUGGUGGCAGGAGGCGUGGAUUCAGCCAGCUCCUGUGCUACUUCAUCUAUAUCCAUACGAUCGUCAGCCAUUUCAAUAAAUCUAUUACUAAGUGUACUGACGUUAUAAUGAAGAGUAUAGUGGAAACAAUA